AUGGCACAAGACUUGCUAAAGGAACAGAUAGAUUAUCCCUUGACAAUUAUGUACAUCCCAUUGAAGUGGUGCGGAUUUGCGUACAAGAUUUUUGAAUCUGUUUUGGGCAGCAGUCAAUACUAUCCUACCGGGUCUAUGCCAAUACCUGAGGACAGGUUGUUUGCUCAAUUCCAUUCACCUCAAACCAAAGAAAUUAAACAUGAAGUCUUAAACCAGUUGUGUUCUUCUCAAAGCAUUAUUAGAGUUGUAUUUGCCACAGUUGCCCUGGGAAUGGGUGUCGAUAUUCGAGGAAUACGGAGCAUUGUGCAUAUUACCCCACCACAUACCAUCCAAGCAUACUUCCAGGAAACCGGUAGAGCUGGGAGGGAUGGACAACCUGCAACUGCAAUUCUUUUCUACAACAAUCGGGACAUAGCAAAAAACAAACCUGGAAUGCAAGAAGCUGUCAGACAUUUUUGCCAAAGUAAUGGUGAAUGCCUCAGGACAUUUUUGUUGACUUCACUGGAUGCUAACAAAAAGUAUGUUAAACCUGUUUCUCCUAAACACCUUUGCUGUGGUGUUUGUAAGCUACAGUGUGAUUGCUCCAGUUGCACUGCAUAG